GUUUACCUCAGGCCAAUUCCUAUUCUCUACACCCAUGCAGGCAGACAUUAUGUGUUGGUCGCGCUUCGUAUCAAUGCCCUUGUGGAUAGGUUGAAUAUGCCACGAGAGGGUCAUGAAUUUGGUUGUGAACCGUCUAUGAUGCGCAGCCUCGACGAUUCAGGAACGCAAUGCCAAGGUUGAGCGCAUUGGCAUCGGACUCCACCAGAAACGAGCUCUUGAACCAGACCAUCCGAUAAGAGGACUUGACGGAUGUUUUGGGCCCCGCAGCUGAACGCAGCGAACUGCACACGUGGCGGAAGCAAAGAGGCUAUUUCCGGCUCUCCCGAUAAGACGGAGGACAUCUGAACAUAUCGAAUUCGAGAGCGAUCUGAAUAGCGGCAGUCAGUCAUGUCGAGAGCAUCGGCGAUUACGUCAAGUCAAGUCCCGAGUCGGCGCCGAGGCUAUGAUUUGAUGGAUGGCGGCGGUGAGAGGAACGAGCGCUCGAAACGCGCAAGUUGCCUCUUUCGACUGCCACCUUCCCCCGAUGGGUAUUGGACCUGGGACCUCCACACGCACAGUCAUACCAGUACUUGCUUCUGUGGCUGCGAAGCGGUGGCGGCUUUCGAUCGUCGACUUCCAAAAGUUACGCUUCCCGUCCCGCUCUGCCUCAUCUUGACUCACAUUGAGUCCAUAGCGGCGACAUGCAGAGAGGACCGCAAGCGGUGCACCGGCUCUGAAGAUACAAUGUCCACCACCCGCUUCCGCUGCCGCAGACUUGCAUGCGCGCUUCAUCCCGCCCCCGCAUGUAUACUUAACACGAGGACUGUCGUCGUGCUUCCAACUACCAAACCGUCCCCGCACCAACCCUAUCCCGACAGCAGUGUCUACCUGUCCAACCGCUACUGCUACUCCGUCCGAAACCAAUCGCAGCCAUGCCGGGAAAGCACGUACACUUCGCGGACGUUCCGUCCACCCCCUCAUCGACCUUCUCGAACUCUACCUUGACUUCAUCGCCUGGGCCGGCCACGCCGCCUCAGGUCCUCCGCUCACCAUUACCGGUCAAGGGUGGCCUCCACGCACCCUCGCAGUACCUGCCGGGUGGAGUCUCAUUGAACCCGAUCCUUGCACACCAGCUCGGUAACGGCACUUCCAUGUCAUGGAACAUGUCCGAGCCCGCGGAAUCCGCCCGCCCCCACCUGGGCUCUGCCCCCUCGCGGCUCACCGACGCCCUGGUGCGUGAGCCCGCGACACACCCUGCACUCCCCUCCCUGGCCAUAUCAUGUGCAUACCUCCCCUGGACAAUCAUCGUCAUACCCACUCCAGGCGCCGCCUGGUCUGCACCAUACGUGACUGUAGGCGACGUCCUGCACACCCUCUACCGCACGCUCCGCCUCGGGGUGACGCAGCACGAACUCGGUGCAGUCGAACCUGCGCUGCGCGAACGCAUCCACGCAUCGUACGUCUCGCGCUAUCGCCGCGUUGCCCAGCCCGCCGAGCGCGAGAGCGAGAAGGUCAAGUUCAUCAAGCGUGUCGACUACCUCUGCGAUCGCACUGCAUUCCUGGGGCUUUCCCCGGUUCCGGGCGGUAUCCCUGCAAAGGGCAUGGCUCCUGGGUCGGUCUGGGCGCUGCAAGUCACGAAGCCGUGAGCGCGGUCGCGUGCGAUCGUCCACGGCGCGCGGGCCGCCUGUUCCGUCCUCUUGUUGUCGUCGCUCUCGCCUAGCUCUCGCACCCGAUACCCAUACUCGCGCAUUGAUACCCAAAGCGAUCGCAUGUCGUUUAUUCCCAUCGCAUAUGAACGGAAACGACCUCCAUAACUCUGUAUUGUACCAUAAGUCGCAGUCUUGUAGAGUAUUCCGGAAAACCUGCGACCCUCGCAUCAUACCACUCUCCUAUCACGUCGUCUUCCUCCAUCCUCCGUAUCCUCCCCCCUCUAGCACUGCGUAUGCUUUUCUCAGCUUGUAGUCUCCAGAAGCUGCACGGCCGUUGCAUGGUUGCCAAUAAUUGAAC